AUGGUCAGCUGUCGUUGUCGACAAAUUGUCAAUGCAAGGCGGGAGAAGUUUUCGGGUGUCAUCGUUCGUGGAAUGCCUUCCAUCAAUUACUACUUUAUUGAUGUCGCUUUUGAUGACGGAUCACGAUUACGAAAGGAGUUCAGUUCAAGCUAUUGUGGAACGACCGAUGUCAAGACUGUCCUGACAGACUACUCGAACCCAUUUGGACGUUCACAUACCGGUCGCAUUAGGAAUAUUUCACCGUAUCAACUGAUAACUAUCUAUUUCAAGAGUAUCCUACGACGAAGUACUGUACAUACCUUGUACAUAGGCUUGGUUGACGUCGUCCCACUAUUGAAGUCCAUCGACUGUCGUAUCAAUACCGUAGUACUACCAGAUGAAUGUGAUAAUGAAGAUGAAGCUCGAUUAACACAUUCUGCCGUCACAAAAAUGACCAAGGUCUUAUGA